AUGUCAUGUCACCCAUGGAAACUCUAGAGGCGAAGAACAGCCAAAAACUGGAUAAAAAGUUUCAAUGUGAGGAAUGCCACUAUGUGACAACAAGAUUAUCAUAUCUAAAAUCCCACCAAGAAACCAAACACUUAGGGGUUAGAUACCCCUGUGACCUCUGUGAUUAUGCUGCAACAAGAAGUUCAGAUUUAAAGAAGCAUAAUGAAAUUAAGCAUAAAGGGAUCAGAUAUCCUUGUGAUCAGUGUGGAUAUUCAGCAAGUACGCCGUCUGACCUAAAAAGACACACGAGAAGUAAACAUUUAUUAAUUAAAUUAUCUUGUGAUGUUUGUGGUUAUGUUACAUCCAACGAGUGCUAUUUAAAAAGACACAAGAAAAUGAAACACGAAGGAGUUCAGUUUAAAUGUAAUAAAUGUGAAUAUUCUGCUCCUACAAACUAUCUUUUAAAGAAACACAAGGAUAGAAGACAUCUUUCGGAAGAGGCGAAAACCUACUACUGUGACAAAUGUGUUUAUUCCUCCAACUCCCUGCCAGGCUUGAAAUAUCACAGACAAAGCUAUCACCUAAAAGUCAGAUAUCCAUGUGAGUAUUGUGAUCAUUCUGCAACUGCACUUUCAGGUUUGAAAGUGCACAAGAGAAAGAUUCACUUGAUCUCUGAAGGUUCGUCUAAGAAAAGCAAGAAUCCGGAGGAAAUGAAGGCGGUUGAUAAAGGUAUUAUUAAGGGUGAGCCAAGAUUGAGUGAAAACGAUUCAGAUGAAUGUGAAUCAGAUCUUGAUGAGAGUAGUUCAGAUCUUGAUGAGGCCAAAGAUGAUCUUGUGAAGUAUGAACCUGAUCUUGUCGAAUAUAAUCCUGAUCUUGUGAAAAAUGAACAAGAUUUUGUCGAAUAUGAUCCUGAUCUUGUGAAAAAAGAACAUGAUUUUGUCGAAUGUGACCCUGGUCUUGUGAAAUGCGAACUUGAACCUGAUACUGAUCUUGUAUGUAACAAUUAUGAUCUUGAGUCCAGUUUUGGGACUUCUACAUCCAGUUUUGGGACUUUUGAACCCAUUUCUAUCACUGAUAAAGUUAACGAAAUUAAAAGUGAAA